UGGCAUAUAUAUUCGUCAAAAAAGUUGGGCUAUAUAUGUGCAUGCAAGAUCGACCGUGUCUUGUUGUCCCGUUGUCUUUCUCUACGUUCACAUCAUCAGAUCGCACAAACCCUUUCCUUCUUCUUCCUCUGUCCGUCCAUCAAUCCAUGGAUCAGAAGGUGGUGUUGAAGGUCUUGACGAUGACCGAUGACAAAACAAAGCAGAAGGCCAUCGAAGCCGCCGCCGAUAUCUACGGUGUGACCUCGAUAGCAGCGGACAUGAAGGAGCAGAAGCUGACGGUGAUCGGGCAGAUGGACACGGUGGCGGUGGUGAAGAAGCUGAAGAAGGUCGGCAAGGUGGACAUAAUAUCGGUCGGUCCGGCCAAGGAGGAGAAGAAGGAAGAGAAGAAGGACUCCGACAAGAAAGACGCCGACAAGAAGGACGCCAACAAGAAGGACGCCGACAAGAAGUCCGACAAGAAAUGAUCAUCUAUGCCAAAUUACCCGUUAAUUAAUUGAAUAUUCUUCGCCAGGUUCUACUCUCGGCCCCGGCCGUUUAAUUAUUUCUUCCCCUUUGCUAAUAAGAAGAGUGAUGUUCUUCGACCAAAAAAAAAAAAAAACAGAGAGAAGAGUGAUGUUUUUGCUUGGUUAAGGUGACCUGUGCGCGUGAAAAGCACCAUCAUGUAUGACGGAGCCGAGAGAUUUGGAAAUCGUAAUUAAUUUCUCGAUGCGAUUGAUUUCGUCUUCUGGAUCUGUAAAGGCGAUUCUCAGGGUAAUUAUGACUCGCCCAUGGAUAUCAGGUAUGGACCUGCAAUGGCAAGUGGGAGCAGAUCAUAGCGAGCAUCCAAGAAGAUAGAAGGUUAAGAUCGAAUUACGGGCAGCUUACAUGGGAAGUACGACGAACCCUGCAUCUUAUGUUCGACCUUGUAGAUAUGGCCAGUGUCCUAUGUAUUGUAAAUCAUGGGAACGGGAUCUACUCGUCGGUGUAACUCGAAAGGGUUGAUUAAAUCUUAUAGAUAUGAUGUAAUGCACACGUAAGGGUGCCCUAGAAGCUUCAUUUUACUAUUCUGGACACGUAUUUUCUUUGUCGGUUACGUACAUUGUAUUGCUUGUAGUUGUCAUUGUCGAGGGUAAUUUGAGAAGAGCACGGAGUUGCCGGCAAUUGGAUUGGGGAAAGCAUUCUAUUGUCAAAAUUAGAGAGUGAAGCUCUUGUCCUUUUCGACCAAUUAAAUCAAUCAAGUUCGUGUUUA